AUGGCAGCAGCUCUACCACGAAUAAAAAGCUCAAGGGAAUGCAUCACUUGUAAACAAUCAAAGAAUGAGAAAGGCCGUCAAGGUGUUAUCAUGUGCGUCGGAUGUGGACUAAUGUUUUGUGAAGAACAUUCUUUACAACAUCGACAAGAAAUUAAACGUCAGUUUGAUGGUUUAUGUGAAAAACAUGCAUUUCUACAACAAGAUUUAAAUAACACAAAAGACAACAGUGAAUCAUCUGAAUUGUUUAGCGAAAUUGAUCAAUUCGAACAAGAAAUGAUGAAUCAGAUAAAAAGAACAACAAAAACAGCCAAAGAACGUUUGUUACAAAUGUUUAAAGAAAAACAAGAAAUAAAAAACGAAUUUAACUCGUUAACCAAGGAAUUACGCCUGAAACAAUCGCAGAGUGAUUACGAUGAAACCGAUGUCGACCAUUGGAAAGCAGAAUUAACCAAAUUGACAAAACAAUUAAGACAACUCUUAACGUCAAACGACAACAAAAUUGAUUGGAACACGAACAGCUCAAUCGAUUUAGCAAACUGGAUCCAAGCGGUUCCCUUACCUAAACCCUCCCCGAAUCAAGAGCAACUAUUCACCGGUGGAGCACUACUGCACAAGGGACAUCAAUUACAACUAAACGAAUUUUACGGACAGACGAGCCAAAGAUGGCAUUUGAUUUACAAAGCAGAAAAAAACGGUUUUGCCGCUAAAGACUUUCAUCGUCAGUGCGAUGGAGAAGGACCAACCAUGACUAUUAUUCAGUCUCAAGAAGGAAAUUAUCUAUUUGGUGGGACAAUUCAAAUACUAUCUCUUCCACUUAAUACUACAGGCCUGUGGGACCAAACCUUUUUGGUCCCUGUCCCCGUUCCGUGUUCCCGUAAAUAUUUUUUCAAACUGGCGCUGACAGUUUCAAAGUCACCGGCUGCAAUGUGGCUCGUCGAACAACAUGCCUGCAGGUAUUAA